AUGAGCCAACAACGCGAUCAGGAGCCGCGCAAGCAGCCCCCCGCACCGCCCGCGCGCGUUCAACGCCAUACGGCGCACCCAGGAGCUGCAGGACCAUCGACCGGACAACCGCAAGGCGGAACUUCAAGACGCUCAAUACCGUCACCACUGCCAUAUGGUGUGCCGGAACUGUCAGCUUCUCAGCGGCCGACAACGUCGAAGGCUCACCCGCCAUUCCCCGAGGGAACCACGAAAGCGCGGCGUCGAUCCACGGUACGAACAGAUGUGCCCGAGCCACCGCCAGCGCCACCGCCAGCGCCACCGCCAGCUGGGAAGUCGGGACCGGUGAAGACUAUUCCUGAAGUAGGGCAGCGGGGAACUUCGUCGCGGAGCCGACGCAAGAAAAAAGGAGAUACCGCUGGUGCUGCAGCCGCUGGUGGUGCGGCUAGCCAGCCAGGACUAAAGCUAAAGACCUCACGCAUUCUCUACACCACCGAUGAGGAAGUGCGUGAGGCGCUCAUUGAAUUCGGCAUAUUUAUCAUUUUCCUUAUACUAACCACUUUCGUGGCCCUUUCUGUGCGUCACUCGUACAUGUUCUACUUCAACGAAACCAUGAAGAAGCUAUUUACUACGCGCGAGAUCGCGCUUGCGCCUUCAGUGACUAUAAUGUUUCAAAGGGUGAUCACCAUAGAGGACUGGUGGGACUAUUUGAUGUUCCAUUUCUUCAUUACACUUCACGGCGACUCUCUCCCAGUAAUUCCCGAGCUAGACGAUCACAACGAAACCGACACAACAACAACAACUAAUGCAGAUACAGGCGCAGGACCAACCACGCCUGCUGCCCCCAUUCGGGCCAAAGGGGAUUCACUGCGGUUCGGGCGCUUGGGGAAGCUCUUGAAUGUCGAGGUCGAUGACAGCCCGCCGGAGAAUCCAUACAUGUUUAACUAUCGUGUGCCUCGAGAGACCGUGGAUAGCGAUAAGGACACCAGCUCGCGUCACGAGGUCAACGUAAACUACAAUCAUACGGGCAACAUCAAUCUGCAUGGACGCCUAUUUCUACAGGAGAAUUUGCUACUGGGAGCGCCGCGAAUUCGCCUGAUUCGGGUCAAGAAGGACAGUUGUCCUAUGAAUGAGGCCUUUGCCCGGUAUUUCAAUGCCUGUUAUGCGGCGUACGCGUCCAGCCUAGAGAACCGAUCCAAGAUGCAUGGCGAGGCACCCUACAAAACCAUGGGGCAGCUGAAUGCCAUGCCCAUAUAUGCCGAGCUAAAUAAUUAUUACACAGGCGGGUACACAAUUCAACUGAGCUACGACAAGGAAAAGAACAUACAAAAAAUGGAAGAUCUGAAGGAGAGCGACUGGAUCGAUCGGGCCUCUCGCAUGUGUGUCGUCGAGUUUAAUUUGUACAACGAGAACACAUACAUAUUCCAGAGUGCCAAAAUCAUUGUCGAAAUUCUGCCAACUGGCGGUGUCCUGCCGCAGGAGCAUCUGCAGACUGUCAAGCAGUAUUCGUUCAUAACCGAGCCGCGCCUGUUUAUGUUGGUCAUUUAUAUAUUCUGGUACAUUAUGGUGGUGUACUAUACCCUCUAUGAAAUCAUAGAAAUACGAAAGAUUGGCUGGAAAUCGUACUUCAAGUCGGUACUCAACCUGAUAGACUCGUUCAUUCUGAUUUUCGCGUACAUUGCGCUAAUUUACAAUGUUUGGCAUACUUUCAAAAUAAACUCCCUCUCGUUUGAGGCCCAAAGGGACGAGGGCUUUCAAAGCUUAGACUCACUGUGCUUUUUCAACAUGAUCUAUGUUGAUAUGAUGGGCCUCUUGGCAUUCCUGGUGUGGAUUAAGAUCUUCAAAUUCAUCAGCUUUAAUAAGACCUUGGUUCAGUUCACGACCACAUUGAAGCGCUGCUCCAAGGAUCUGGCCGGCUUCAGUCUCAUGUUUGGCAUUUUCUUCCUGGCCUAUGCCCAGCUGGGCCUUCUGCUCUUUGGCACAAAACAUCCGGACUUUCGUACAUUCAUAACCUCGAUAUUGACCAUGAUACGGAUGAUCCUGGGCGACUUCCAUUACGCACUCAUUGAGAAGGCUAAUCGGAUUCUGGGACCCAUUUACUUCAUAACAUACAUAUUGCUGGUGUUCUUCAUAUUACUGAACAUGUUCUUGGCCAUUAUCAUGGAGACAUACAACUCGGUCAAGGGCGAGAUAACCGCCGGUCGCAGCCAGCUCGGUUCCUAUGUCUAUCGCAAGUUGGGCAAUAUAUUCUACUUUAUAACGCAUUGCGGUAGGAAGCGUCGCACGGAGGUGAAGCAUGUGAAGACCACGCGCAAGUCGGAGGUGGAUGAGGAUGCGAUAAACAGUGCCCAGGAACAGCCCAAGGAAGCGGGCAAAGGAAUAACGGCGCGCGAGGGUGGAUACUUCGAUGAUGUGCCACCGGAAGUAAGAGAUAAGGACAUGUAUCGCCUUAACAAUCGCGUGUCGUUGCUGGAGGAAAUCCUGGAGCAGCUAGUUCUGAAUAUGAAUGAACUACUCAAUCGUGUGGAAAGGGAACAAAAGCUGAAGACUGGCUAAGCUAAUUAACUGCAUGCCCGUUUAGCUGACUUCUUUCUUCUUAGUUUCCGAGUUGUAUUUAACAAAUGCUUUUCAUUCCGUUUCACAUUUUGUUGCAACUAUCAAAUAAAUGAAAAUUAAUUAGCUACUA